UAUAUAUGAUGCUGAAUUUCCGGUACAGAGAGCGUGCAUCCCCAGAAAAAGAGCAUCUUCAUCAGCAUUUUCUUCACCUACGUACUCAUCCAGACGACAUUUGGCAGUAAUCAGCGAAUGAAACAAACAGAUUAACAUUUCAUUUCAGACCAAGAAGAGAACCAUGUGGCUAAGGUCAACAAGGAGCCCUGCUUUACAAUGGUGGCUAGUUAUGAGAAUUUGAAUGAGCAAGAGUCAGAUCAGGAUCUUGAUUACGAUGAUUAUGCUCCGCUAGUUGUGGACACCUCCAGGCAAGCAGAAGACAUUGAUGAUCAAGAUGAUUUGAUAACCGUUAAUAAUAUACAGCAGUCACCCUCUGAAGCCAGCAGCUAUACAUCACAAACCGAGGUAGCCAGGAGUGCCGCGUUACUUAAAAACACAGACGACGGCUUUAAACCCAGUAACUUCGUAUUCACUUCUCCAUCCUUAAGCAAUCAGGACCAACUGAGUAAUUGUUCCUCCGAUCAGGACCAGUUGUUCAUUGAUAGCGGGGAACCUAACGCCGUGUCGGAGAAAUCAUCCCGCACUCCUUCCAUUUCUAGUCUUUCUGAUCAACUCAGUCCCAGCGGACUUAGCUCAAAUAUAUCUGCAUCUAAAGUUCAUAGACGAGGAAAAAAGACUCAGUCAAAUCAAGCGGAAAAAGAUCCUGAUGUAAAUGUAGAGUGUGAGGAGUCAGAAUCUAAGAUUUUACCCAUCACUAACGGAGAAGGGGGUGAUGCCAAGUAUGCCUGUCCCAUUUGUAAAACCAUUCUGUCCUCGUCCCACGACUUAACUAAGCACAUCAGAUCGCAUAACCAAAACAACACAUCUCAGGCCAACACCUGCACCAUUUGUGGAAAAGUGCUCAGCUCUCAAAGUUCCCUAGAUCGACACAUGCUCGUACAUUCAGGGGAAAGACCAUUUCAGUGUAAAAUCUGUAAAAUGUCAUUUACCACCAAUGGUAAUAUGCAUCGUCAUUCAAGAAUCCAUGCCAAAGAAAACGAACUCGGUGGAUCAUCGGGAAUCAAACCCAUCCGUCCAAAGCCAAAAACUCCCACCUGGAAAUCUAGGCCCAUAAUUCCUAACACCAGCACUCCAACAUCUCUGACCAUUCCGCCGGGAACGUCACUUCUCUCGGCAGAGCUCCUUUCCAACAUGCCAAAGUUCUCCAUUCUAGAGACCAAACCUCAGGUCCUGACUACCAGCGAACCUGUAUCAGUCGGUCAGAAGCGAGCCUUUAACUUCAUUGAGUAUUCUCCUAAUCAGUACACCAGUCCAACGAAGAAGAUAAGCCUAGCCCAGGUGACCCCUACCCAGGUCGUAACCGAGAAAUCCCCCGCUCUAGUCACCCCAGCAGCAACACCAUCCAGUAUUACCAAAAAACCAAAGGACUCCCGAACAGAAAUCAAAUCCUUCACCAACUCCGCCCACCAUGACAAGAAAGGUUCCUUGGAGUCGUUGAACGGAGAGGAGAGAGAGGGGGACCAGCUUCACUGCCCGGUCUGUAACAAGGGCUUCCUGUGUAAAUACGGACUCGAGACCCACCUAGACACCCACCCGGAGUAUUCUAUGAAAUGUGGAAUAUGUCACAUGUCGUUUCCCACCCCCAGGGGCCUGAGCAUGCACAAGCUUAUGGUCCACAGUAAGGAGAAAUCGGUGGAAGAUUCUGAAAACACCCCCGAGCCUAAGUCCUCACCCCCAGCUGUUGUGGGAUUCUAUGAUCUUGGUUUUAUGGACUUCUCAGUCAAAAAAUUUCCCUUAGUUGCCAAGUCCUAUUGUGAGGAAAACGUGAGAAUAUCCAGCAGUAUUUACCACAAUUUUCACUGUAGCGAGUGUGCUAAGGCAUUUCCAUCUAGAGCAGCUUUACUCUUACACGAGUACACUCAUAGUCCAGAGAAGACCUCACAGUGCCCUCUAUGCGAGUGUGAUUUCCUGGACACUAAUGAACUUCACCUUCACAUGGUCAAGCAUCUGUCUGAUAAAGCUUUCAAUGAUGUCAUGGUAAAGAGCAAAACCGAAAAAGUCCUGAAAUCCCCCAAACCUGAUAAAAUUGGAAAACAUGAUUUUUUAGCCUCGUUUGGUUUGACCACUGUGAGCGAAGCUGAACUUUUACAGAAAAGAGACAAAGAACUGAAGUUGGAAGCAAACCCAAGCAUGGACAAGAAAGAAAAUAAUGAUUAUUUUGCCAGACUUGGCCAGGUUUUCUCCUCAGAUAUUUCACCCAUAAAUCCACUGAUUGCUGCCAAAUUUGCCCAAAUGUCUCCCGAAGAACAGGCCAAAGCUUACAUUGAAGCCCAGAAAUUUGUCCAGGCUGCCAUGGCCAUGCCUCAGUUCUUCCAAGGAAUGGAACAAUUUUCUGGUCUCAAUGCCUCUCAGUUUAAAGCCUUCAUGCCUUCUCUUCUUCCCCUUGGAUUGACUAAAUCCAGUGCCAACAAUGCCAUGUCUCUAAACCAGCUAACUACCCUAGCAGCCAUGACAAGUCCAGCUAUGCUGACCAGUAUGAUGGGGGGACAGAAUAUUUCCAGCCCCCUCCCCACUCCCCCUCCCAGCAGCGAGAGUGGUUCCUCAGGAGAAAUGUCGGACAAGUACCCCAAUAAGAAUGGCGUCUUCCAGUGCAAAUACUGUGAUCUGGUGUUCACCAAUUAUAGAACCAUGAAAGGUCACACUAGAACCCACCUUGGUCUGUCUCCGUACAAAUGUAACCUGUGUAGUUACUCCAGUGCUGAUAAGAGCACACUGAUUCGGCAUCUGAGAACCCACAAUGGAGAACGGCCAUUCCAAUGCAGAGUUUGUGACUUUGCCUUCACUACUAAAGCCAACUGUGAGAGGCAUGUCAGGAAGAAGCAUGGCAAGUAUUUGAAGGAGGAAGUAGAUGCCGCCAUUGGAUACAAUAAAUACGUGGCGGAAUCCUCCAAUACCACUGAAAACUUCCAGUCUCCUGACACAGUCUGUAAAUACUGUGGGGAGGACUUCAAGUUUUUCCGGGCCUUGAAGCACCACCUCCGGUCUCACAGCAGCUGUCCACAGAAGCCAUUCCUCUGUAUGCGCUGUGACAUCGGGUUCUCCACCAAGGCUAACUGUGUCAGACAUCUACAGAAGCAGCACCCCGAGGUGUCCCAGUAUCAGAUAGAGCAGUUCAUCCACGUCAAUGAACCCUCCCUUCUGGAGGAUGGGGAGAAAUCAUUUGGGGAGGGUAUGUCAGAUGACAGCCAGACGGCAGACACGCUUGAUUUCUCUGGAGGAAAUCCACCAGCUGCUCACUCAUCCAUGAAGAGUCUCAUAGCAACAGAGAGUCGUACUCAGUCACCUGUGACAAGUAUUAAAGCUGAAGCUGUGAAAAUUAAGCAGGAACCAAUGGAUAUGGAUGAUUUGCCUCUCGAUUUCAGCGUUAACAGAAGUUCUACAUCCACACCUGAUGUCAAACCAAAAGUAGACGAACUGCCAAUAGAUCUGUCUUUUAAAGGAAAGGAGGCCAGUGAUUCUUCAACUCCAAACUCCCGUUCCAUUGUAUAUGACACUAACUUGUACCAGUGCCAGUUCUGUCCAAUGGGAAUCUCCAGUCAGAGAAUGCUGGAGCGCCACCUGGUGCAGGACCACCACCAUCUGCUGGAGAGGAUGGAGAAGCAGAGGCUGAAGGAAGCCACCUCACCGGAACCACCCACCAAACUGUCCACCAGCCACGGCAGCGAGGAGAGGAUGAAAAUCCUGAUGCGCUUCCCAAAAACCGGAAACAAUGCAAGGAGUCUGAAGGAUAGAAUUACCAAACCAGACUCCAAAUUUAAUCAUGGUUCAGAUACUGCCUCAGAUCUUGCCUCAGUGAAAAAAAUUCUAGAUGCUGCCAUUCAACCCUUCCGAUCAUUCCCCAUCGAUAAUUCCAACUUUUCCGGUAAAUCCGGUGAGGAUUCCAUGGACUAUUCCAUGGAUGAAGACAGUACAUGUAAAAGCAAAGAUCUGGAGGAACCGCCUGUUCUCAGUCCCAGGAAUAAGGGGGAUAACUCUAGUAUGCUCAGUGACCAAGAUAUGCCCGAAAUAGCAGAGAGCCCAGAACAGUUUGCCAAGAUGUUCAUCAAUGCACCAAAGAUACCAAAGACCGUAACAGAGCCAGCAGAUAAGCUUCUAGUGAAGAAGAAGAGGAAUUCCUACGCCGACUCUCCACAUAAGUUACAGUGUCCCUACUGCACCAGGACCUUCCCCUGGGUUAGCUCCCUUACCCGCCACCUGCUGACCCACACUGGUCAGAAGCCAUUUAAAUGCCCCCGCUGUCCCGUCACCUUCUCCACCAAAUCAAACCGCGAGCGCCACCUCAUCAGGAAACACGGCGUCAACAUGAUGGACCCACUGUCUCGUCAAACCAUGGACCGCCCAUACAAGUGUCAUCUCUGUGUAUUCAGCUCCUUCUCAACUCAAGGUAACCUGCUGAAACACUACAAGGAGCGCCAUGUUGGGUGUGAACUCCCAGACACCCUGGCUGACCUCGAUAGAGCUGUCACCAAGGGACUCAGUACCACCAUCCCCCCACACGAGCGGGGCAUGUACAGUAUUGAGAGCUACAACAUGGACAUUCAGCUUAACAAGCAGGAUGAACAGAGCCUCCUUAACAAGGCCAAGGACUCUGACACUCCCACUGCCAUAACCACUUUUAUAGUUCCCGAUGACUUGAAAUCAGAUGAUGAUGAUGACGAUGAUGAUAUAAUUCCACUGAGCAUUGAUAACUCCAUGGAGGAUUCCUCUCCCAAACCAUCGCCUACCCCAGAAUUCACCGGGUCCGCAGAACGCCAGAUCAACCCAGAGCGAGACAACUACAAUGUAGAUAAGAUCACCAACUGCUGGAAAUGCAACGAAAAAUUUGUCUCUCGUAAAUUACUGGUUCGCCACCUGAAGGAGCACAACAUUGAUCUCCCUUUCAAAUGUUAUUUGUGUGAUGCCUCGUACGAGACUCGGAAGUCUUGCCUGGAUCACCAGGAAAGCGCCCACUCCUCCGACUGGAAGAUCCUGAAGGAGAAGAACAAGGUGGAUAACGUAGAUACGUUUGCCAGACACAUGGAUAAAGUGGUGGAGAACAACUGUAACAAAGUGGACCAGGGGGCCAUGCUGGAGAUUCCAGGCCAGAAUGCAGACGAUCCUAAGAUGGAGGUGGUGUCUGCUGACUACAUGCAGCGUAAAGUCUACUGUUCUCUCUGUCCCAAGAGAUUCUGGUCCCUUCAGGACUUGAGGCGCCACAUGAGGUCCCACACAGGGGAGAGGCCUUUUGAAUGUGACAUCUGCCACAAGCGCUUCACCCUGAAGCACAGCAUGAUGAGGCAUCGUAAGAAGCAUGUGGACUCUGGGUCACUGAGUCCAAGUGAUGAGGAGGACAAUAACAACAACCAAGAUGAACCUGGUGUCAGUAAACUGAUGACUCAUCAUAGACCCAUAUUACCCAGAAUGCCUGCUGCUGCUAUCCCAGUGAUCCCUGUUACAGUCAUGACAGAAUCUCCCAAAGUCAUUGAGAACUGCCCUCAGUUUAUCACAGUUUCCUCCACCCAGAUACCACCGCCAGCAAAAUCCACCACCAUCACCAUGGAGACAGAUGUCAAAGACAACAGUGCUGACAUUCUCCACAAUCUGCUGGGUGUAGAUGUAGGAUCCAUCGACCAGAUGCUGGACUCCGCAGACAGCGCCGCCAAACUACUGGGCAUGUGAACAUUGUCAUAGGAAAUAAGAUAUGUGAACAUUGCUAUGGGAAAUACAUGUGAACAUUGUUAUGGGAAAUAGAUGAAAUAUGAUCAUUGCUAAGGAAAAUAGAUGAUGUCAAAAUUACUAUGGGAAAUGCAUGUAGAUAGAAGUUAAAGCAGUUUAGAAUGAUAAAAUAAUAAUCAAAUGUGUGAAUAAUGAAGCAAUUGUAUAUGAAGUGGAUUAGUGAGUACUUGAUUGACAUAGAUUGAAAAACUCUGAAACAUUAAAAUUAAAUUUAAAUUGUAUGUGAUUGUAUAAAUGUCUCAUGAUUUGAUGAUAGUAUUUAACCAAGUGUUUAUGCCAAAAUGGAUGCUAUGUGAGGAGUAGUUUUCUUCACUUGUAUAUACAUUAUCUCAUUUAUUUUAAAACUGUGGUCACCUGAUCUUUGAAGAUUUGGUGUCAUUGAUGCAUUGUUAACUCUUAUUUUAUAUGACCAUGGGAAAAAGAUUCAUGUACAUGCACUUUGUGUGAUAAAAUAGCAAGCUUGUGUGAAAUGCACAUAAAUUCUAUAAAAAAGAUGUAGGUGUAUUUUUAACAAUUUUUGUUUUCUAGAAUUUGCCAGUUGUUUUUAACUAAUUUGUGUCAGGGAUAAUUUAUUGAACAUUCCAAAACUUUUUUGUAGUGAUUUUGUAAAGUGUUCAUCAUAAUUGACUGGAGGAAAAUAAAUACAAAGUUAUGUGCAUAGAGUGUAUAAAUGUCAAGUUCCUGAACAUACAGGAAGGGACCAUAAUGAAUUGUAAAUACUUUUAUACAUUCCAAUUGUUGUAUACAAAUGUUGUGUGCAUGUAUUUGUGUAUAUAUUUUGAUUUAAUGAAUUUUAUAUGAUUGCUCCAAGAGGAAAUAACUUUGUCUCUUUAUAUUGACAAUCCAUGCUCCCUCGGGAGUUUCCCUUUAUGGCACCCCACCGCACGUGUUUCUGCACAUUUUUGUGAGUCGUGAAAAAAAGUGCAUAAGACAACACCCUAGUCUCUUAACAGAUCUGUUAUUUAGUCAAAAAUUAUUUAUUUAUUCAUUUGUUAUGACUUUUAUUUUCUAUGUUGAAUUUUGUACAUUAUUUGUAUAUAUGGAGUGUUUAAUUGUGACAUCUUUCAGACUUCUUUUUUGAGAACUAUGCAUUCCUUUAUUUCACAAACAAGUUCCUGCAACAGCAUUCCAACCUUUCUCUUCAAUUUUCAUACGUUAAAAUGCCCGAUUUCUAUAUUUAUUAUUUGUUUUGAUAAAAAAAUGUUACAACAUUUUAGUUUGGUGUAGGGGAAGUAACCAUUCCAGUGUAUACAUUAGAGUUUUUGUGUUAGUGCCUUAGACCAAAAUAGUAUUGGAAUUGGAAAGGGGAUUAGUCUCGAAGCCACAGUGUUUCAAAUUGAAUCCAUAUUUUCUUAUUUAAGAAAAAAAUGUCUCUCUUUUUUUUUAUUCUUCCAUUGUGUGAGUUUUUAAUUAUGGACUACAGGGAUUUUUGACAACGAUGUAGGUUUGAAUUUAAGUCACAAAUAUUUUUAAGAAACUUGUGUGUGUUUUAAUUUGCUGGUCAUGAAAGCAUUAAUAUGCAACGAAUUUAAUUAAACUAUAUAAGUAGAAAAA